AUGCCCCCAAAAGCUGUUCAGUCAUGUCAAAGCUGCACCAGCCUCACGGAAAUCAUUAAUGAGCUAAAAAAUGUUAUUAAUGCUCUAAAGAUUGAAGUGGAGUCCCUAAAGAGCAAAGUAGAGGAAUUAGGAAAAAGUGAGCAAACUAAAGGAUUAGAAUUGGAAGAAAUUAUCCAGGAGAGUUUGUCGUCAUCUCUAACUACAGAAGAUUUUAUCGAAACGCAAGAAAAUCCCGAUCAACCUACCAGCUCUGAUGAAAGCCUUGCCAUCGACAUCUCAAAUGGUAAGUUCUGUAACAACUUCAAAAAGAUGAAGGAAAGACUUCAUCACUCCCAAAGUAGAAAAGAUAGAGCGGAAGCUAUAAAAUCAGAUUUUCAAAAUAAUUUGCCUGGAACGGUGACCGUUCACUGGGACGGGAAAUUAUUACCCGGACUGGACGAAAGAAGUUCUAAAGAAGAACGCCUGCCAAUUCUUAUUUCGUUUGGAGAAAAGGAACAACUUUUAGCUGUGCCCAAACUGGAGAGCUCUUCCGGUCAAGAUCAAGCUAAAGCUCGAGGACAAAGUACAAAUAAUGUGCUGUGA